UUACAACCAGACAAUUAAAAUUCUCCUUUUUAGGCUUCCAAGUUGCAACUUCACCAACCAGCCAGCCCAUCCAAAAGCUUUAUAAAUGCCAACGAAGGAAAGCUCCCUUUGAGCAUCUCACUACAUACCAAUCAAAAAAAUCCAACUAAUCAAGUUAACUACUAGCUAGAUCUCAGUCUCAAAGUUUCUAGCAGCUGCCAUGGUUUUGGUGGUGAGAGUUUUCUUGGCUGUGGUGCUGAUGGUGAUGGCUGCUCUGAAGGUAUCCCAUGCAGCUGUUCACAAGGUGGGAGACUCCGCCGGGUGGACCACCAUUGGCGGUGUCAACUACAAGAAGUGGGCUGCCUCUAAGACUUUUCAUGUUGGUGAUGUUAUCAAGUUCGAGUACAAUUCUCAAUUUCACAACGUAAUGCGCGUUACACACCCCAUGUACCAGUCAUGUAAUGCCACAGUCCCCUUGGACUCCUAUGCCACUGGAAACGACACCAUCAGAAUCACCACCAAAGGCCACCACUUCUUCAUCUGUGGAAUCCCCGGUCACUGCCAAGCCGGCCAGAAGGUCGACAUCAACGUGCUCCGCCAUCCUUCUGCAGCAGCUCCAACUCCUGCAUUAGCCUCUCCUGCUGUUCCUGUUGCCCAUGCACCGGCACCAGGUCUCAACAUGGCUGCUCCAUUAAAAUCUGUGAAGGGGCAGUUUGUUGUGCUAGGGUUGGCAAUUGCAACACUUGCUGUUCUUGUGUCUGGUCUUGCUUAGUGAUGGUAAUGAGGGAAUGUCCCUCAAGUUUAUUGGUUUAUACGGACAGUAAUUUGAGUCUCUUCUUAAGGCUAUUUUUUAGGUGGGUAGUCAUUUUCAUACUUAAAUAUACAGCUUACAGAACUUUUUAAUAAAUUCCAAUGCUUAAAAUUUUUGUCAUAAUGUGGAAGAACUGCAAAAA